UCUCCACCAAGACAAUUACGUUGCGGGAACCUCUGUGUAGUGUGCUGACGUUCUCCCAGAUAGCUACUGAUCAGAUCCAGGGCGUUAUUGACAAGCCGAAGGACGAGAAAGUAGAAACUCCACUCCAAGAGACAACAAAACACACACAUAAAUCCUCGAGACGACAGUUUGUCACUAGUUGUCUUCUUCUUCUAUAGAGAUCAUGAUUGAAAUUCCAGAUCUAGACUCGUUGCCCGUCAACGCCACUGACCUGAAAAGGGUGUAUGGUGGGCUGGGGAUCCAGGAGGACGGUGAUGGACCUCCGGCUCCCCCUCAACCGUCACAUCAAUUGUACUCUGCGUCCGGAUCCACCGACGAAUACAUCCAUGACUUGAAGGCAUACCGAUUUGGCGAGUCCAGCGGCUAUCUCAGCGAUCGUCCUCUCAGCCAGGGUGCCUCCAAGAACGUGACCAAUGGUGACGUUUUAGAGCCCCCAAUCGACUUCAAAAAUAUCGAGACUCCUCCAUCGCCUGCGCUCAGCCAUGGUCAUUAUUAUAACGAUUCAUCGUCCUUUUUCGAAGGAGAAUCGAGGUUGGCGUCGCAGGAUUCGAUCUCGGCGGAAUACAGUGUUGCCCAAGUGGCUUCGAUCCGAACACCAACCCUUGUUGAGAGUCCAUUGUUGAAUCUUCAACAACAGCAGGAAGCAGUCCAGAAUAGUUCGCCACAACAACUGACUAAUCGGGAUUUACUCAAACAAGAACAGGAAAUCCUUCGUGUGUAUCGACAAGAACAAUUGCAGAGGCAGCAGCAGCAACAACAACAACAACAACAAAUCGAUGAUGAAGAUGAAGAAAUGCUCAAUGUUCAAAAUCAAAACUAUAAUCCUCAAGAGGAAGACGAAUUGCAAGAGCAAUUACAUGAUCAGCUUCAAGACUUGAACCUUCGCAGUCUGCAUCAACAACCAGAACUUCAGCAUGACCAAUACGUACCACAACAACCUGAAGGUGAAGUGAAAACUUUGUUCCAACAGCAACCACAAGGACAAGAAUUGCAACCGGGGGUAGAACUAACUAACGAAACCAUUUCUGGUGACGUAUCUGCCACUGGGGCCCCUAUUCGUCAAGUUAUAUCUGUUGCAGCACCUAUCAAUGCCGGUUCGGCUUCCAAAGCAACCACUAGAAAAGACCUUGCUACCGACCUGAAAACACCUGCUGAAUAUACCCUUCAUAUACUUUUCACACAGUUUGUGAGACAUGCCGAACGGAAACUCAAUCUUUGUCUUGAUUACCCUCUCAAUGAUGAGCCACCAAUUAUCGAUUUGCUUGCUGAAGGGGUUGAUCCACAGUUUGACCGUAUUGUGGCAUCGUUGGGGUACAUCUCCCGUCGUAAACCAAGUCCAGUUAUUGACAGUGUGAUGUUUUGGAGGAAAUCCAAAAGUGAAGUAGCCACCAUGGCAGCACAAGAAGUAGAAAAAGUUGUACAACAGGCAAGACAAUUGCCACCACCUCCGCAACCACCAUACAGUGGGGGUGAUUAUGGUGGCUACACCCUCAAUGCUGCAGCCAUGAAGAAUGGUGCUGGUGGUGCAUCCAACGGAGCUCAUGUGAAUGGUAGAGCUAAACGUAGUCUCUCAUUAAUGAGAAAUAGGAGCAUUUCGAAACUAACUGGGUCACAUAGAAGAAACCAAUCUGCAUCUCUGGUGUUAGGGCCAAAGUCAUCCAAUCCUACACCAAUUACUUCUAUCAAUAAUUAUGACUCCAAUAAUGACUCUUACGAUGAAUACCGAAAACUGCUCGAAGGGCAGAUGCAUCAGGCACGUGAAACUGCCAUCCAGGCCGACCGUAAGUCGUUGGCGCUGAUCUACAUUUUAUGCCGAGUUCUCAUUGAAGUGGUCAGACAAACCCCCUCGUCAGUGAUGGGUGAUGAUUUGGGUGGGAAGUUGGAAGAGAUUGUUUAUACGCAACUAAAAACAACUGACCCUAUCAGUACUAGUGAGUCAUUGGUAAGGUCGUCCAAUUGGAACUUGUUUGCUCAACUUUUGGGAUUCAUGAGUGAAAAGAGAUUCCUAAGUGUAAGUGAUCGUUUUAUUGCAGACUUGGAGAAAGUGCCCGCUCAUAUUAUCAACCAAAACGAUGAACCAAGACUUCACUUGUUGAUUCAUGGAAUGAAAUAUUUGAAAUUGACCAAUUAUCCCUUGGAAAAGUUUGAAGAAAGUGCAGAAUUUAUGCAAAGUUUAGGGAAAUUUUUCAGUAAGGCCAUGAAUGAAUCGGUUAUCUUUGCAUAUUGUGACGUAUUGAGCAACUUGAUUUUACCAUUGGCGAGUGUUUUAACGGCGGAAACUAACCAUCCAACGUGGGUAGAGGCCAUUGAGAUGAUUUUCAAAAAGGGGAUGAACUUAUUGUCCCAAAGUUGUGGAAGUGUUGGUUCUACAUCCGGUACUGGUCCUGCUUUGGUUUCUCCAGGUUCAGUUGGGGCUACUACAACAUCUAAUGCUUCGUUUAAUGGGGACACUUCCAGUAUUAAUUGGACGUAUUCACUUCUUCUUGUUACAUCAGUGCUCUCUGUGUCGACAAAGGAACUCUUUUCACAAGAAUGGUUGUCUUUAAUUGAACAAAACAUAUUCAAACUUAAACCCAAGGUUCCAAUACAAGAUAAAACGACCCUUCUUGUUUGUGUUACCCGUCUUACUUGGGUUUACUUGUACAGACUCCCGGACUCACUCAACAAUACAAUCAAAAAACUCGAUUCGCUUUUCCUUUCCCUCUUCUUUGGGCCCAAUGCAAAUAGCAAGAAACAACAAUGGAUGACCUCCGAUAAGGCCAUGAUUAAUGCACUUAUCUCCUUAAUAAAAAAUGUUGGGUAUCAACAUCUUAAUUACGUUUUGGAUAAUGUAUUACUCCGCUUGUUGAAGCUUAGUUUUGUUGGAACUUUGGAGAAUUCAUCUAUUGAAAAAUUGAUACUUGUAGUGAAGGCCUACCUUGAAGUUAUUCAAGGUUAUGAAGCAGGCGAGAAGCCCGCAUUCCCUACAGAUGAAGUAUUGACCUCUUUGUUGGUGGGUGGUGAUGCCUUGAAAAAGGCUAAAUCGAACAAGAAGAACAAUAUUACCGCAACGGCAGUAAAGAAUACAGCAACUGUUUCGACUGACUUUAUGUUCCUUGCAAAGAAACCCAACAAUGCAUUAACUCAUGAAGAAAUCUGUAAAAAUUUUGCAACUUUGAUCAAAUUAUUAGAUGCUCGUUAUGGGGCAGAUGUCUUGUUGCCCGAGUCGUCGGCAUCUGGCUCCACCACUCCAUCUGUAUUACCUACAAAGCUGCAAACCAAUUUCUUCCAUUUUGGAAUUGAUUUCAGUGAUCAAGCUGCAAAGCAGCUGCAUAUGGAACUCUUUGCUACUUUAAUCGAAGCGAUCCCUUGGACUUUGGUCCCAUUAGGGGCUGGUUCAGAAGACAGCUCAACGUCAUUAUCCGGCAUGCCAUUUAAAAACGUGGUGGAAAUUUUGGCUCGUAAUGCGGUCCAUCCAGACUACUUAGUGGCACGAGCUGCCACGAAAUCUUUACGAAACUUGGCUUCAAGGAAGAAUCCAAGUUCUCUCGUCACCAUUUUUGCCAAGAUUGCUUUCCAAUUUACUGAAAAGCCAGGAAGUUACAACUCUGUCUUUUUAAAUUCUCCUGAGUUCCACCGCUUGUUGAAAAUUUAUGUUGACUUGUUAAAUUGUUGGUUAGAACAAUUCCGAGAACGUCUGAGAGGGCAAGCCUCUACCACUACGGCAACUGGGAUUGGCGGAGGUGGUAUUGGUCCUGAAACCCCACAAGAUGAUGAAAUGAUGAAUAAAGACGUAUUGAAUGAUUUGUAUCAAAUUAAUUACAAAACUGAUGGCAUGAAUAUUAACCCCACUGCAAAGGCAAAAACAAGUGAUGAGCUUGAGUGGAAAAAUAUCAUAACUGUCAUUGAAGAGAUUGAAGGUAAUGGUCUCUUUUUCUUGUGUUCUCAGGAUCCUAAGACUCGUCAUUUUGGUAUCUUUGUGUUGAAAAUUGUUGAGCAAUUUGAUCGGGCUAUCUAUGUGGCAACUGACCCGAAACUGGAGAUUGUCACUCAUUCAAGAAGUUCCUCCAAAUUUGCCGCAGACAUAGGAACUCGCUUAAUCCAUGUGUUGGAAGAUAUGGAUUUCCUUGAGUUAAUCAAACCUCUUAGAAACGAAUUGAGUGGUCCUGAACGCUCACGAUUAUCUAAACUUAAACACAAAAAGCACAUAUUAGUUAAAUUGGGAGAAUCUGAUUAUGGUAUUGACUCCACCUUAUGGUUUAGACUUUUCCCAAGACUCUUGGAUAUAUUCUUUGAAAGAUGUCCCAUGCCCGUUGCUAUGUGCCGUUCUAUCGUUUGUGUUAGAAUGGUUCAAAUGCAUGAAUACGUAUUGGACUUUGCCAACACAAAUAAGAAUAAUACUUCAUCCUUAUUCACUCGUGCUGCAAGUACUCAAGGUGGUCCACCGGAGGUUUUGGUUGACCAAUGGAAAUUAUAUUUAAUUUUUGCUGCUUGCCUGCUUACGUCUACAAAUGAACAAAAGAUUUCAUUCCCUAGUCAACCUACCCAUGGUAGAAAGAAAUCCAUGCCAAUGUAUAUUCAACAUCAAAAGAUUACUAGUGCAAAAUCCAUCUUCCGCAUGGUGUUCCCACUACUUAAACUGAAACAACCAAUGGUGAGAGAUUCAGUAAUUACAGGUUUGAGUUGUAUAAAUAUAAACAUCUUCAAGACCUUGUUGGAAAAUGUCCCUGCCAGUGUGAGUGACUGGGAAGUUGAGAAUAUUGGUAAGAAACGGGAUAACGCUGAGGAUCAACUUCGAGUAGAAGUUGUUCAUAUUUUAAGUAAUAUCACCAGCAAAUUCCAAGCAAACAUUGAGGAAAUAUAUGAAGAUGAGUGGACUGUUGCAAACCUAGUGGCUAUCAUCAAGCAAGUCAAAACUUUCUUGAACCAUCCUGUAGUGCAAGUUGAUAUUGAAUUUCAAAAGCUUCGUCGUUACUUCAGUGUCUUUCUAGGUAACGUUUUUGAAGGUAUACAGGCAGUGCGUGAUGAUCUCAAUAAAUGGUUACCCUUCGAAGCUCGUUUGGGCUGCUUUAAUUAUUUGAAAGAAUGGUGUGGUUACGGUGAUGGUGCUAUGGAACUUGCUGAAGAUCGGUAUAGCUUAAUGACCAAGAAGCUGAAAGACGUAGCAACUUCAUCUGCCACUGCGGCAAUUUUAGAAGUUGAACGUAAAGCACUUCAGUUUGCUUGUUUAAAUUGCAUGGCAAAGCUUUGUUCUGGAUCUAUUAAGCAUCAAAUCGAAGUUGCCAGUGGCCCAUAUAUGAGUGGGGGUAUGGGAACUCUUGCAGUUCUUUCAUUUGAUAUCCCAGCUUUGCAGAGUUGGAUACAUGGACUCUUUUGCACCGACAGUGAUAAAAUCCAUGAAAUUGGACGAAUUGCCUUGAGCCAUAUAUUGAGAGGAAGUAAGGAUGAGGAAAUGUAUGCAGAAGUGUUCAAACAAUGUUAUACUGAUCAGAAAAGUGUCAGAACUACCGAAAGUUAUUUCACAGUGUUCGUUGACGCUUUCAUGGAAAGUCAAGAACAAAAGCAAAUUGAUAACUCGACAUUUACCUCACCUCCCUAUGAUGUUCUUUGUCUCUCUACAUUCCUUGUUGGUAGUGAAAGUUACUCAGUAAGACACUCGGCAAUUCAAUUACUUAUUUCCCUUGAACAAAAAUAUUAUGGUCGUGUCAUUAGUGAUAGAUAUACCGAAUGCGUUUGUAACAAGACCAAGGUGGUGUAUAAAAAGGCAUUGUUUGAUAUUUCUGCUACACUCGCUGCUGAGCAUCCAGAAGGGGUAUUUGUGCGAAUCAGUUACCUUACGAUGUUUUUCAAUUUGGUGGGAAAUUCUUCAAGAAGAGAUAUCUUAUCAUGUUUAUUACCUUGGAUACAAACAGUGGAAUUGAAGGAAAUAGUUGGAUCCGAAAUCGCUGAACCCAAAGUAGUAAACUCGGAAGACGAUAAUAAUCCUCCACCAUUGGACUCAUCCUCCAUGAUGGUUCUCAAUAAUUUAUUUGAAAUCACGGUUAAGUUUAGUUCAGUGAUUCUGAAUGAAGUUGAAGCCUUAUGGGUUGCACUUGGUAGUAAUGCUAGAAAUUUUGACAAAAUCGUUCAGUAUAUUAUGAGCAAUUGCUUGGAAAGAAAGAAUGCCAUGGUUGUUGAAUUCUCACGUCAAAUUAUUGAUUACCUUCUGUUUCUGCAGCCUGACCCGCUGUACAUUGUGGAUAAGUUAAUUGGGAACUUGAAUCCGCGUGCAAUGGUCCCACCGCAGCCAUAUAAAAUGAAAACUGCGGCUACUAUCAAUACUACUGUGGUGGACUCUAUUGAGUAUCCAUACACUGCAAAUAUUUGGGACAUCAUUCCAAAUAAUGAAAAGGAUGUUGCCUUUUCAUUGGGUCAAUUGUCGUUAGUAUUUUUGGUUGACUUGUUUACUACUCAAAGUGAGCUUAUGCGUGAAAGGUUACCGUUACUAUUACAUGUUUCGUUUGCAUUAUUGGACCAUUACUUAUUCUUGGUACAAGAACAAGCAGGCAUGUUAUUGAUUCAUUUGAUUCAUGCAUUGGCUCCAAAUGAACCGAAAUCACGUGAAACCAUUGAAAUCUUAAGACAAAGAGAUCAUUUGAAACAUUUGUGGGUUUACGAUGACUUGAAUAGUGAAAAGAGAGGUGUUGGUGCUCGUACCCCCAAAAAUAUGGAUUUACUUGUUAGAAAUGUGUUGGAGAUCUUCAGUAGAGUUGGAUUGGGUACUGGAAGCGGUGGUGCAAGUAUUGAGGCUGGUAACGAAGAAUCCGGUGAGUCUACAAUAAUUACUCCUACAGCACUGACCACGGGUGCAUCUGCUGCUGGCACCACUGGUGCUGCAGUCGAUGGUGCUGAUAUUUCUUUGGAGAAACAUGUGGCAACACUUCAGGAAGAAUGGAGUAGAGUGUCUCUCAAUUGGGCUACAACAUGUGCAGUGCGUCAUCUCGCGUGUAGAUCAUUCCAAAUCUUCCGAUCUUUACUCCUGUUCCUUGACCAAGGUAUGUUGAAAGAUAUGCUUCAUCGUCUUUCAAACACCAUUUCUGAUGAUACUGUUGAAAUCCAGGGAUUUGCUAUGCAAAUUUUGAUGACUCUCAAUGCUAUCACUGCAGAGUUAAACCCUAAGAAACUUAUUGAUUUCCCGCAACUCUUUUGGUCCAGUGUGGCAUGUUUAUCUACCAUCCAUGAACAAGAAUUCAUCGAAGUGUUACUGACUAUGUCAAAAUUCGUUUCCAAAAUUGAUUUAGAUUCUCCUGAUACAGUUUCCUGUUUGAUUUCAACAUUCCCACCCAAAUGGGAGGGAAAGUUUGAAGGUUUGCAGCAAAUUGUAAUGGUGGGGCUUCGAUCUGCAACUGCUUGGGAUCCUCUCUUGAAGUUUUUAGAUAAAAUGAACCAAUUGAAAGAUAGUGAAAUUAUUGGAAUGGGUGAUUCCCGGUUGUUAAUGGCGGUCUUGGCUAAUAUGCCGCGGUUCCUUCAUGCCUUGGAUAUUAAGACUAUCACACCGGAAAUCGAAGAAACAGCCAUGUUACUCAGUUCUAUGGCAGAUAAUUGUCAAAAACCAGGACUUUCCAAGAUCUUGAUUUCAUUGCUGAAGAAUAGGUUCCGGUCCAAAAAGGAUUUCUUAAACCAAACGAUAUCCACUAUGAAGCAAAGCUUUUUCCCUGAGUUUGAGGCUCAAACGUUGGUCUUUUUGUUGGGAUUAUUGUCAAACAAAAUUAGAUGGGUAAAGCUUGAAACGAUGAACAUGUUGAAACAUAUUUUCCCACUUGUAGACUUGCAAAGAGAUGAAUUUUUGGGGGUUGGAGCAGACUUGAUCUCACCUUUACUUCGUUUGUUGCUUACCGAUUAUGCGGAGCCAGCAUUGGAAGUAUUGGAUGAGGCUGUCAUUAUUUCUGGGCUGCAGUUGGAUAAAGAUGUAUUAAGAAUGAGUUUAGGAAAUACCCUGGUGAAGAAAGAUUAUGAAAAGACAGCCACUUUAUUUGGUAUCCCAGACGAAAGUGGAUGGGCAAUUCCAAUGCCUGCCGUCACCGCUUCUAGUACUAGAAAUAACGUACAUGCGGUAUUUUCAACAUGUGCGGUUGGUAAUAACAAUGAUGUUAGUUUGGAUGACAUCAAGGAAGCCGAAGUAGAGGAGGAAAUGAUCCAUUUCCACAUGGAGGACUAUUAUGCACCAAUGUAUAAUGACCAUUACGAUGGGGAAUCUGUUACUGUGGGAGAACCCGAUGCUUCUUUGAGUAACAUGUGGGCAGCUCUUGAUGAAUUUGAUUCAUUCUUAACCAAAGAAGAUAAUCACCCACGUCAUCACCAUUAUGAUAACAACCAGUAUAACUCUGCAAUUAAUGGUGGUGGGAACCUUCAAAGUCAACGAGAAUUUGGCCAUCAUUUACACAGUGCGUCUGUUGACACCAAAUAUAGUAGUGCCAGUGAUUCCAAUGCAGCCAUUGGAAUGGAUUCAGCACCUUUGGUGUACGACAAGAAGGUGAGUGUAAUUUUGAAUAGAAGUCUUGCAAGGACACAAUCAAACACCUCAUUCAAAAGUAGUUUUGCCGAUUCCAUUGGUGGUGGGCAACAUACGGCCUCUCCAUCUACUUUCUCUCCAUUAGGUGGAGGAAGUGUUAUUGCAAACAAAAGAUCAUACAUCCCAUUCCGCAAUAGUAGGACCAUUGUUAGUGCCAACAAUUCCAAUGCUGUCAACAAUGGUUCGUAUGGAUCUGACAUGCCACUAUCGCCGACUUUUGAUCCGGAUGUCAAUGUAGGACCCUUGUCUCCUUACCGGACGCCACGCAUUGGUAGUCCAGUUGCCAUGGGCACACCGUUGAAGAGUGCUGGUGGUGGGUCUGUCAUGGCAUCUCCGCCAUCUGCUGGCAUGCAAGGAAGUGCCGGUACCUCGUCGUCGAAUCAUGGGAAUGGAAGUAACCCUGUUUUGGGCGGACUUGAUCUUAUAAACCUGCCAUUUGAUAGUAUAUUAGGAAGUGGAGGUAAGAAAAAAAUCAAAAGAGGAAGUAAAUUUUCCCCCAAUGCUUCAAGCACCAGCAUUUCGCCAGAGCUUGCACAUUGGACUCAAGGGGUUUCGAUGAACUCUCUGCUGACACCCCCUGGAAGUACCAAGGGGAAGAAAAAGAAGAAGAAGCCAUAAAGAUAAAAUUGGCAGGUUUCAGCCGUGUAUGUAUAUAUAUGAAAGAACACAAGUAAUGAACAAU